GGAACGGAGCUAGCUGGUUGGCAGGAUUUGAUGAAAUGGUGUGCCGAAUACGUUUGACAUGUGGACACGCGUGAGGAUAUUCCGCAUACCCAACAUAAACAAAGGCUAAGGAAGAACUGCUGGGGCCUCAACUUUUUACACUUUAUAUAAAUGGCUUGGAUGAAGGGACCGAAGAAAUGGAUUUUUAAAUUUGCUGAUGACCCAAAGAUAGGAAGGAAGAAAAUGCCAGAAGGAUCGGAGGACUGUAGGCACUGGCAGGCCCAUUGACAUCCAUCCCCUGUAACUGUUCCAGUAUAUCCAUCCAAUCCUGACAAUGGCGCAGGGCAUCCAGCAGAUUGAUAUUCAGGUGCUGCAUGACCUCCGACAGCGCUUCCCUGAGAUCCCAGAAGGAGUGGUGUCUCAGUGCAUUCUGCAGAAUAACAAUAAUCUGGAAGCCUGUUGUUUGGCUCUUGCCCAAGAGAGCAACAAAUACCUUUAUGGGGAGUUCCACAGCCCCGAUGACGCCAGAAUGAGCAGGAACCACAUGCUGCAGAUUAAUCUGGGUAUCCAGCCUCCAGCAACAUACCAGGCAGGGGAUGGUGGUCAAAUCAAUGGGGGUCGAACGCUGGUCCAUAGCACAAGUGAUGGCCACAUUGACCCUCAACGUGGAGGUGGUAAACAACUUGUGCGACUAAUACAGGAGCCACAUUCUGCCCCUGCAAUUGUAGCUAAUCCAUCUGGCUACAACCCUUUCUUUGUAAGUGACCAGGGACGAAGUACAGGUACGCCUCCCCCACCAUCUCAACAGCCAACUUCCCUUCAACCAAGCAUGAAUGCAUCGCCUAUGCAAGGUCUUUCUCCAACAUAUCAGCCCAUACCUCGGUACACCAUGAACCCUAUCACCGUAACCUUGUCACAGAAUGUGCCAUCUGGUCAGACUGCUCCUACUGCUUUGCACAUACAUGGUGGUCCAUCACAGAUGCAGAGUACUCCCUAUGGGAUUGGUAAUUCUAUUUACAUUAGGCCAGCAUCUGGACGACAGACUCCUCAGAACACAGCUUGGACUUCGAGCCAGUGCCCUCUUCCUCAGUAUAACCAUCAUCCUCCACCUGUUUAUCAACCACAGCAGACUUAUCAGCCUUCUCAGUAUUCUCCCAAGCAGCCUCAGCUUCCUCAGCAAGCAUUUCGGUCACCACCCCCAUCACAGUUCAGCUCGCCCUACAGCUCUCCACAACAUCAGGUACAAGCCAACCAACAAGGUCAUCAGACUUCCCAUGUCUUCAUGCCUAUUAGUUCUCCUACAAUGACGCAUCUCCCGUACCAGGCUCCACAGAAUUAUCCACAACAGGGCAGUCAAUCAUUAUCCUACAUCCCUUAUUCUGUGUCUGGAUUGUCUAAAGGUCCUAUGAAAAACCAGAUAGAAAUCAAAUUGGAAACGCCCCAAAGAUCUGGUGCCAGCAUUACACGAAGUUCAUCCCCUGUAAGCAGUCAACCUGCUUUACGGAGUCAGCCUACGCUUUAUAUUGCCACCAAUUCACCUUCUAGCUCACCGUCAAGAGGAAUGUCGGGACAAAUGAGUGUGGUUCAACCGCAGCCAGUGUAUAGUGUACCACCCACGUAUAUUCACCAUCAACCAUCACGACCUAGGUCUACAACUGCUGGCAGUAACCAAGUGAACUCUCCUCGUGUGGUUGUAACUCAGCCAAAUACUAAAUACACCUUCAAAAUUACAGUUUCCCCAAACAGACCGCCUUCAAUUUCACGAGGUGUGGCAUCGCCUACUUUUGACCCUGGGAGCAUCUUGAAUUUAGUUGAUUGCCAUGGAGAGCAUCCUGGAGCCCCUGAACCUAUACAACCAAUAUCAGCAGUAACAGGAUCUAGUGUCAACAAACGAAAUGAGGAGCAGCGGCGAAAGUCGAGUUCAGGGUCAGAUGACUAUGCUUACACUCAAGCGUUAUUGCUCCAUCAGAGGGCUCGAAUGGAGCGAUUACUAAAAGAGCUAAACCUGGAAAAGCAAAAGCUGGAGAAACUGAAGGCUGAGGUCAAUGAAAUGGAAUAUGAUUUAAUGCAACGACGGCUGAGGAGAGUGAACUCCAACACAUCAAUACCUACACCAGAGGAGAUGACUAGAUUGCGAAGUCUAAACAGACAACUUCAAAUAGACAUUGACUGUACUUUGAAAGAAAUUGACCUUUUACAGUCCAGAGGGAAUUUUGACCCAAAAGCCAUUAAUAAUUUUUAUGACAACAUUGGACUAACUGGCCCUGUAGGAGCUGUUCCCCCAAAGCAUAGCAAAAAAGACCCUUCAGGUACUCUAGAGAGAAAAGCAAGGAAAAUUAGUGUGACUUCAAAGUUAAAGAAGGACUCCUCUGAUUUCCAGGCUGCUCCAGCUGAGGAAGCUGGCCCUGUCAUGGCAUAUAGCCCAAGACCUCAUCAACGCGAUGAGGAUUUUGAAGGUGCUCCUUGGAAUUGCAACAGCUGCACCUUUCUGAACCACCCAGCGCUGAACCGGUGUGAACAGUGUGAAAUGCCGAGAUACACCUGAACUGGAGUGGGCUUGCACUUGCCAAUAAACAGGAUCCUGCAACUUUGGGGGCUGAAAAUUUGUAAACCAUCUGUCAGGCCUUAGUGAAGAUGAAAAUUAAAAUCUGCUGCACAUUGAAAAUCAGCUGAAUUCACAAUACAAUCAUGGCUGUCUACAUCACAGUAGGAAUGCUAAACUUUAAACAGCAUCUUGUCACAGUGAUGUUUCUUUGUGAUGCACUCGGUAAACAUUCAGCUGCCAUGAAGAUGGUCUUCAGUGAAGCUGACCACAGUUACCACUUCUAGGUCUGUGGAUCACAAGUCGGGAUGAUGUUUUGAUGCCCUUCCUUUGUAGGGUAUCUACCCACAGGAUGAAUUUGGUAGCCUAAAUGAAAGUCUAGCUGCAAAAAAAAAUGAUGUCCAUCAUGAAGGAUUCUGGUUGCUUUCAGUUGAGGUGGAUUGUCCCUUGUGCUACAUCUGUUAACUGUUAGCAUAUUGACUCAGUCUUGCAGGCAAAAGGGACUGCCGUGACACUACAGUAGGGUAAAAGACUUGAGUUACUUGUAAUUGCUGCUUUCUUCAGGGUAAUUGCAAUCUUUACACGAAUCAGUUAUUAUAUUAAAUUUAUGAGACUGUCACAAUGGACAGAUGAUGAGGUAUUUUGCCUUUUGUGUGUUCUAAAAUACAAUCAUAAUCAACAAUCCCUUUUGCUUGUACUGUGUCCUUUGAACUACAUCAUUGACACUGGUGAAUAAUUGAGUCUUUGCAGAUCAAAACAGUGCUGCAUGCUCUUUAUUAGGGAAAUGAUUUUAGGCUGUGAGCCCUUUCCUUCAAUUUUAAAAGUCAUGUGUGCUUUUUAAUUUCUUUUUAACAAAGCUUCCUUUAGGCCUUGCUCCGUAACUGUACAGCAAACCUAUGCCAAAGGCAAGUAUUCCACAACUGCUCAAGACUCUCACCCACCCAUUCUUGCAAGAAUUUGUUCUGCUACUUAAGCAAUUCUUGAGCUUCCACUCUGUAAAGAAAUCAUCUUGUUUACAGCACAGAAGAUAUGUUUUGUACACCACCUUCCCCAUGUAGGUGCAUUUAGUAAUCAAUAGCUCUUUAAUAAGAGUGAGUUUGCACAUCACUAAGAAACCAGCCUGUACUAAAAUUUGCUAAAUGCAGCCUGAAAAUAAAUGGUCGCACACUGCAAAUGUAAAAGAGAACUCUUUGAAUUUUUUUUUCAUUCACAAAAGAAUGAAACUUGCUGGACCCACAAAUCAAAGUUCAUUAUGAACUUGCUGGUACUUCUUUGCAUACAAUGUUAUACUGUAUUAUUAACGGUGAUGUUUAGUUCAAAUGCUUCAGGUUGCUAUAACUAUAAUAAAGUACUUGUUCUUUGUGAAAUCACACAUUUGUUGGGUCUGGACAACUGAAUGGGAAUAAAAUUUGUGAGUAAAUAGGAUGUUUGUGUUCUACACAUGAAGCACCUAUCUUUGUAUGGUUCUGCUCCCUACAAUUUAAAUAAUUGUUUAAUGUAUGAUCUCGUCUGAAGUUUUAGCUGGAGGCAAAAUUGUGCAAAGGCAAAUAGGGACAGUGCAUGUAUGGUACAUAUAUGAACAUUCUGGUGGCCACAAUAUUUUACAAAUAAAGUCACAAAGUGAA